CCCGCCAGAGCGAGCGUCAAAGACGCCGCUGAGCCCAGUUUCGGCGGGAAAGCUGUUGCUCUUGCCCAGCCCCGCCUGGUGCACAGGGCCCAGCCACCCGCCGACUCCCGAAAUCUCCCGGCCUUUCCUGAGGUCCCCCAGCCAGCCUACACCCGGUCCAGGCCCGGUGGUCCCACCUUGCCGCCCACACGACACGACCCGACCGGGCCUGCAGGCGGGCCGCUCUUCGCGGUGGUAGAUGGGCAUCCUGUCCACAUUUCUUCCCGACAAAAUAGUGGGCGUUUGGGCGCUAGACCUCGCUCUUCCAGCCCCUCAGGAAUGGAGUCCACGUUGCUCCUUACCCCUGCUACCCCGGGGCCGGAGGCCCUGACUGUUGUACUCACCGCCCCGGACUCGGUCUCCAUCUUCCUCUACGCGCUUCAAACACCGGGGGAAAGGAACAGAAACCCGAAGUUUGCUUCACACCAAGGAAGCAACACCACGUUUCCUGACGGACACUCCCCCUGGCGGUGACGGCGGCAGUGGCAGCUGCAGGGGCGCAGGCUCGGACCCGGGGCCUGAACCUGCCACCCAGGGGGGUGGGGAGGAGCAGGCGACGUCGCCUCGGGCGGCGGGGCGGGCGGGCGCCGCAAGCCGGGGAGCGGCGCGGGCGGGCGGUUUCGGCUGUGGCCCGUGGUCGCCGAGCUGGGCCGUCUGAGGGGAAGAGCGUGCCCCAAAGUCGGGGUGGGCGUGGGGUGUGCGGACGAGGGCUUGGCCCUGGGGCCACUCUCGCCUGCUUUCCGACGGCUGGGGAGGAGAGCGCGAACGGUUAUGCAAAGCACCAUGCACCGCACGCCUUCCUCUCUUCUCCCCUUUGGAGAAAAUUCGGCGCCCAGGACUGGUGGGUUUCUAGAGGUUGACGUGACCUCAGGCUUUACUAAGGAGCCCGAGGCCGGUUGAGGGGCGACUUCGGAAGGCUGGUGCAAGGCGAGGAGGGCGGUUUCCAGACUCAAACUCUGACCCCUCGGGCCUGACGCGCCAAACUCGGGGACUCCCGAGAAGCCUCGGACUCCGCGCUUGCACCUGUUGUCGCUGUCACUCAUUCCCGCCAGCGGGCGGGGCAGCGCGGGCGGCUUGGCCAGGACUCGCCGUGCAGCCCAUUCUGGGCCCCGGCGCCCGCCACAGGCCUGCGCCGCUCGCGGCUCCCGCGGGCCCCUCGCGGCUGAGCACCGCCUGGCCGCAGCAACAGCCUCGGGAGCCGGCCCGCGACGAGGCCACCCGCGCGCCAGGGGGACUUGAGCACAGUGCGGCUUGCCUGGAGCGUCUUCGAAAGAAGGGUACUUUGUAAAAAAUAUCUGUAAAAGGAUCCUUCAAACCAAAAAUGUGGUGGAAGAAAGAAAACAGUGUCUUUCAGCAGCAUGCCAUCGGAAAAGAAAAUUAGCAGUGCGAGUGACUGCAUCAGCUUCAUGCAAGCUGGCUGCGAAUUAAAGAAGGUCCGGCCAAAUUCUCGUAUUUAUAACCGUUUUUUCACUCUGGACACAGACCUCCAAGCUCUUCGCUGGGAACCUUCCAAGAAAGACCUUGAGAAAGCUAAGCUUGACAUUUCUGCUAUAAAAGAGAUCAGACUGGGGAAGAACACAGAAACAUUUAGAAACAAUGGCCUCGCUGACCAGAUUUGUGAGGACUGUGCCUUUUCUAUACUCCAUGGGGAAAACUAUGAGUCUCUGGACCUAGUUGCCAAUUCAGCAGACGUAGCAAAUAUCUGGGUGUCAGGUUUACGGUACCUGGUUUCUCGAAGUAAGCAACCCCUUGACUUUAUGGAGGGCAACCAGAACACACCAAGGUUCAUGUGGUUGAAAACAGUGUUUGAAGCGGCAGAUGUUGAUGGGAAUGGGAUUAUGUUGGAAGACACCUCUGUGGAGUUGAUAAAACAACUCAACCCUACCUUGAAGGAAUCCAAGAUCAGAUUAAAGUUUAAAGAAAUCCAGAAGAGCAAAGAAAAACUAACCACCCGAGUGACGGAAGAGGAAUUUUGUGAGGCUUUUUGUGAACUUUGCACCAGGCCAGAAGUAUAUUUCUUACUGGUCCAGAUAUCUAAGAACAAAGAAUAUUUGGAUGCCAAUGAUCUCAUGCUCUUUUUAGAAGCUGAGCAAGGAGUCACCCAUAUUACUGAGGAUAUGUGCUUAGACAUUAUUCGGAGAUAUGAACUUUCUGAAGAGGGUCGUCAAAAAGGGUUUCUUGCAAUUGAUGGCUUUACCCAGUAUCUGUUGUCACCAGAAUGUGACAUUUUUGAUCCUGAGCAAAAAAAGGUUGCCCAAGAUAUGACCCAGCCACUAUCUCACUACUAUAUCAAUGCUUCGCACAACACCUAUCUCAUAGAAGACCAGUUCAGGGGGCCGGCUGAUAUUAAUGGGUAUGUUAGAGCUUUGAAAAUGGGCUGUCGAAGCAUUGAACUUGAUGUUAAUGAUGGUUCAGACAAUGAGCCGAUCCUUUGUAAUCGAAAUAAUGUGACGACCCAUCUUUCCUUUCGAAGUGUCAUAGAGGUGAUAAAUAAAUUUGCCUUCGUUGCUUCCGAAUACCCACUCAUUCUUUGCCUGGGAAAUCACUGCUCCCUACCACAGCAAAAGAUAAUGGCUCAACAGAUGAAGAAGAUCUUUGGCGAUAAGCUCUAUACUGAGGCACCUUUGCCAUCAGAAACCUACCUCCCAUCACCAGAAAAAUUGAAAAGAAUGAUUAUUGUGAAAGGAAAGACAUUGCCUUCUGACCCAGAUGUUUUGGAAGGAGAAGUAACAGAUGAAGAUGAAGAAGCGGAAAUGUCUCGAAGGCUGUCGGUAGAUUACAAUGGCGAGCAGAAACAAAUCCUCCUGUGUAGGGAACUCUCCGAUUUGGUAUCCAUCUGCAAGUCUGUUCAGUAUAGGGAUUUUGAACUGUCUAUGAAAAGCCAAAACUAUUGGGAAAUGUGUUCAUUUAGCGAAACAGAGGCCAGCCGAAUUGCAAAUGAGUACCCAGAGGAUUUUGUAAAUUAUAAUAAGAGAUUCUUAUCGAGAAUCUAUCCAAGUGCCAUGAGGAUCGAUUCCAGUAACUUGAAUCCACAGGACUUUUGGAAUUGUGGCUGUCAGAUUGUGGCAAUGAAUUUUCAGACUCCAGGUCCAAUGAUGGACCUUCACACAGGCUGGUUUCUUCAAAACGGAGGCUGUGGUUAUGUUCUAAGGCCAUCCAUCAUGCGAGAUGAAGUUUCUUACUUCAGUGCAAACACCAAGGGCAUUGUACCUGGGGUGUCUCCUCUCGUUCUUCAUAUCAAGAUCAUCAGUGGUCAGAAUUUUCCAAAGCCCAAAGGAGCUUGUGCCAAAGGAGAUGUCAUAGAUCCCUACGUUUGUAUAGAGAUACAUGGAAUUCCAGCAGACUGUUCAGAACAAAGAACUAAAACUGUCCAACAGAACAGUGAUAACCCUAUUUUUGAUGAAACUUUUGAGUUUCAAGUAAACCUACCUGAGCUGGCCAUGAUUCGUUUUGUCGUUCUGGACGAUGACUACAUUGGGGAUGAGUUUAUAGGACAAUAUACGAUACCGUUUGAAUGUUUGCAGCCUGGAUAUCGGCAUGUUCCCCUGCGCUCUUUUGUGGGUGACAUCAUGGAGCAUGUAACCCUUUUUGUCCACAUAGCAAUAACUAAUCGAAGUGGAGGAGGAAAGGCACAGAAGCGCAGCCUGUCAGUGAGAAUGGGGAAGAAAGUUCGAGAAUAUACUAUGCUCAGGAAUAUCGGCCUUAAGACCAUAGAUGACAUCUUUAAAAUAGCAGUUCAUCCCUUACGAGAAGCCAUAGAUAUGAGAGAAAAUAUGCAGAAUGCCAUAGUGUCUAUUAAGGAACUGUGUGGACUUCCUCCAAUUGUCAGUCUGAAACAGUGCCUGUUGACCCUGUCCUCUCGGCUCAUCACCAGUGAUAAUACUCCUUCAGUCUCUCUUGUGAUGAAAGACAACUUUCCUUAUCUGGAGCCUCUGGGGGCAAUUCCAGAUGUGCAGAAAAAAAUGCUGGCUGCUUAUGAUCUGAUGAUUCAAGAGAGCCGGUUUCUCAUAGAAAUGGCAGAUACAGUCCAAGAAAAGAUUGUGCAGUGUCAGAAAGCAGGGAUGGAAUUCCACGAGGAACUUCAUAAUCUAGGGGCAAAAGAAGGCUUAAAGGGAAGAAAACUCAACAAGGCAACUGAGAGCUUUGCUUGGAACAUUACAGUAUUGAAGGGCCAAGGAGAUCUGUUGAAGAAUGCCAAGAAUGAAGCCAUAGAAAACAUGAAGCAGAUCCAGCUGGCGUGCUUGUCCUGUGGACUUAGUAAAGCACUCAGCAGUGGUGCAGAAGCCAAGAGCAAACGUAGCCUGGAAGCCAUCGAGGAGAAAGAGAGUGGCGAGGAGAAUGGGAAGCUGUGAACCUGUGCAGUACCAACACGCGCACCCAGCCUUCCCCUCGAGGACUCCGGGUUUUCUCUCUGGUUUUCUUUCUUUCAGCUUUUUAGAAGUUCACAAAAAGAUGCCCUCUGUGGGGUGUUGGACAUAGAUAUUUUCACAAUGUCAGUAUUUUAAUGUAGUUAAUUUAUCUAAGUUAAAACCUUUAGUAGUGUUUAAAAAUUCUGGGAUGUGUGUACAUACCUAUGUAUGGAUGUGGGUGGGAGCAUGUGUAUGUGUGUGUGUGUGUGUGUGUGUGUGAGAGAGAGAGCGAGCGAGAGAGAGAGACAGAUACAGAGAGAGACAGAGAGAGAGAGAGAAAGAACCAGAAAGUGACAGAGAGAGAAAAAGAGAGAUUGAGAAAGAGAGCUUGAGAUCCUAUGAAAAUCUAUUCUACAUUGCAUUAUUCAUUUAGUAAGUUAUUACUUUAUCAUUUUGGGACAAAUUUGUUAAUCUGAAAUUCUAAAGAGCACUUACUAUAACCGGUUACUGUGUUUAAUUUACUUUGUCAUUUAAUUUAGAGAUCUUAACAUAGGUUAUUAUCAAAGGAAGCCAAAUUUACCAAUGCAUAGAUGUUUUGAUAGAUUAAAUAUCAAUUAGAAAAUUCUUAAGAAUCACAGUAGAAAUAAAAGUGAGUGAAAGAUAAACAAGUGAUCAGAAUUUCUGAGGUCAGCAAAAUCAUUUCUUCAGUUAGAAACUCUUUAAACUAUUUAUUAAAUAAAAUCAAUUUUUAGAGAGUUUUUUGGUAGUUGUUUAAUAAACAUAUGAUUUCAUGGAAAAGCUGAUCAUAAAUGAAUUUAUACCCACCUCUGCGGAACUCUGAAACACAGUGAGAGCUCUGUUGUAAUUAGUAUUUUGAUGUGACAUGAUUUUCAGUUAUAAAAUUUCAAGGUUGAGAUUUGUUGGAAGGUCUCAUUCUUCCAAACUGGGAGUCUAGCAUUCAUUUUCUGUAAUGGACAUGAGCAGCCAGGAGGUCUUGUCUUUGAUUAAAUAUAAUUUGUUGUACUAAAUUUAAAUUGAAAGACAUUGUUUAAACAAUACCACAUUAUCAUGUUGAGCUGAUAUAAAUUCUGUGGGUCAGAUAACAUCUUUGUGAUGAUUUAAGAACUAACAUUACAAAUAUGAUAUAAUUUUUAUACAUGAACAAAGACACACACAAAAGAAGCAAACUAGGGUACAUUUAUAAUUGCAUCAGAUAAUUUUUACCCUAAUAUCUUCAUAAAGUACUUGAGUGUAAAAUGUUUGUUACCUCCAGAAGAACUAAAUGUUCUAUGGUUAUGAAAAUAUAUUUAUUUAAAACAUUGCUUUUAUUUUGAAAAGCUUCUUAAUUAAUUUGAUUAACAAAUAGACCAGUUUUGGGGGAACCUAGGGAAGAUAAUUGUUGACAUUUUGCAAAUAUAAGCAUCUUCUAUAGCUACUGUGUUGAGUUAUUUCUGACUUCUUAACACUAUUAUGUUCGUGUUGCACAUUACUGAAAGUAAAGAUAUGAAACAACACUUUUAUUGUUUUCCUUUAUUGUGAAUUCAUUAAAAAGAGAAAAAAAUAAUGAAAAUAAUGACAUAUAAUAAUAUUAUAUUAAAAAUAUCUCAAAGGGUAUAUUUCCAUGGACCCAAAAUGAUGAAAUUUCUCCUUGGGUUUCAAACUGGGCACUUGGGGAGGUUCAUGAGCUCAUUUUAAGGUAGGUUUCCAAUGGUACUACAAUCGCCUGAAAAAAUUUCUUUACCCUCCAUUAUACUUAACCUGCCCAGUAAAAGGAAUAUUAGAAUGCAGGUGUCUGAACUCCUUAUGAUAAAAAGGAGGUGAUAGAGACAGAAACAAAACCCACUUUACAUCAGCCCAUUGGUAGGUUUCACCUGUGGACCUCUUCACCUCCCUGAAUUCUAUUCAGAGAAGUCCAUGCCUUUACUGGUGGUACAGAGAGGCGAGAAGAGUAGAUAAAGAGUGAAAAUGCUCAAAGAAUAUUAUUAAUUUCUUUCCUUGAGGGUCAAAGCCAAUCCUUAAAAGUGGCUUCCCUAGUUUAUUCCACUUGUCUUGGAGUUCCACUCACAUUUAGGGACUUGCCCAAAUGCUCUUGAACUGUUUUUGUUUUUAGCUUAAAUAGAGUUUGAAAAGCAAAACCAAAACAAAACACAAGUAGGGGUUCCACCUCAUCUAACGCUACUUCUGGCAAUGGGUUGUCUGCCAUUCUCUACUCCACUGCAUUGGGUAUGAUUACUAGUCAGGGAGUGAGGGGUGGGGCAGGGUGGAGCUUUAGAUUUUGAGAAUGGUCUUGCCUCUGGAUAGAAUAAUAAAAACAAACAAAACUUUUUACAUUAUUAUGUCCUACCAGCGUCUAUCUUCUUUCCAGACUUGUACUGCAGUAGAAAAAUCCUCCUUCUGUCCACUUAGCUUUUGACGAUACGAAGAAGGUAAUGGUAGAUAUUAAUUCUGUUUUUGUUUAUUAGUUUUUACAUUACCAAGGGGAUUUGAAGCAUAGAUGGUAGAUAUUAUCACUGACAGAGCCAUUGAUAUAGUAAAUGGAAGAAUCGACUUUGGGUUCUGGUUUGUCUGAAUUUAUGUGCAAGAGUUCAGUGGUUUUGAUUUUUAGUUUAAUUCUCAAAAUUUUAAACUGAACUACUAACUCUUUCCUUUAUAACCACAAAUCAGAAGAACUUUAUUGUAUUCUUUGAUAAUAAAAUACUAACCAUCAAUAUUAAACAUGCAAAAACAGAGAUAUGUAAAACAAUCACCCACUAUUAACAUUUAGAUUUAUACCCCUUCAGACCUGAAUAUGCUUUGAUUAUACAUACAUCUAAAUAUGCUUUGAUUUUUAAGAAAAGUGAGAUCACAUUAUAUAAAGUGUUUUUGUAAUAAUCUUUUCACACAAUAAAGACAAUACAUCAUGAAUCUCUUUCUGUCAAUAAAUAUAUAUGUAUAUAUAUUGGGGCUCUCAGCCUUUGAAUUGAAUCUAGUCCACUAAUAACGUAUUUUAUUUGGCCACUGAAUCUUUUUCAAAAAAUUUUAAACAAUAGACAACUUUUAAAAAUCAGGAAAUUUCACAUAAAAAUUUAAUUUUCUCCUUCUUCUAAAAGAUUGGGUAUUCUGAUGACACUAGACACCCUUCCACACCUCCCCACAUCUUACUUGUUAUCAAUUAAUUGGAGCUGCCUUCUCCAAGAGGGGCAUGUGCUGCCUAAUUUGCCAAAGAGCUUCUUCUCUCAUUUAUGUCACAUCCUGCUUUAGAUGUCUUAGAUGUCUUCGGUCGCGAUUCUUUUUUUUUUUUUUUUAAAGAUUUUAUUUAUUUAUUUGAGAGAGAGAAUGAGAGACAGCACAAGAGGGAAGAGGGUCAGAGGGAGAAGCAGACCCCCUGCUGAGCAGGGAGCCCGAUGCGGGACUCGAUCCCGGGACUCCAGGAUCAUGACCUGAGCCGAAGGCAGUCGCUUAACCAACUGAGCCACCCAGGCGCCCCUUCGGUCGCGAUUCUUGAUUCAAAUUAGUGUUAGUGUCUAAUUAUAUGGAUUAUCAUAACAUAUUUAGCCAAUCCCCUGUUUUCUCUUCUAAUUUCUUGUUAUAUAAGCAUUGCAGUGAUGAAAACCCAUUUUUUCAAAGUGGUUCAAUUUUUUCUUUAGGAUAAAUUUCUAGAAGUAGAAUUGUUGGGUCAAAGGAUACAUAGAUUUUUUUUAGGGAUUUUGAAAUACAUUGCCAAA